CUGACCUGUUUGCAACUGCUUAUCGAACGUAUAAAUUUAUGCUAUUUAGACGAGCUGCUGAGUGCGUGUGAUGACGGCGGUGAGCGUGCCUCGAAUGCUCCGAACGAGCGGCCCGCUUAUUUGGCGAUGUUUAUUCAUCAAGUGGAACCAGGACUGGUACACAUACGGACAAGAGGCUCAUCGCAUCGGUUUGGCGAACCUGGACCACUGUGCGAUUCUAUGGUUGUUUCGUUGACGUCUCUCCCGUCGUUGGUUCGAUUGACGAUUUUGAACAUUGUCAGGCGGAAUGUAGCAGAAAUUGAAAAUUACCAAUUCACGCAUACGAAGAGAAAGCAGGCCAUCAUUGAUUUCGGCAAGAAGUAUGCAGCCAACUUGACUUAUGAAGACUUCUUGUUACGUCUAAUGAUGUGGUAG